CGCCGCCGCCGCGCAGGGGCCGCCGAUGGCCGCGCUGGUGGCGCUGCAGACGCUGCUGGGCGACGUUUCGCCACCGCCGCGGCAGAGGGCGCGCGGCGCGGCGGCGGGCGGCCCGCGCGAGGGCCCCGCGAAGUCCGCGGGCUUCGCGCCGCCGGUCGAGCUCCCCGCCGCGCGGCGCGGGCCAGAGGGCUGGCGGCCGGUGGACCGCGCGGAGGAGCAGUACCUGGACCGCGGCAGGCAGCUGUUGGACAAGAGCCGGCAGGCGGUCCCGCGGUGGCACGCCGAGGGCAGCCGCUACGCCCUGCCGCCGCCGCCCCUCGACCGCUCCCCGAGCAGGUCCAGCUCCGCGAGCGCCGGCGCCGCGAGGCAGCCCGGCCAUUGCGAGGUGGCGGCACCGGCGGCGCAGCCGGUGCUCGGCGCCGCCGCGCCGGUGGCGCAGCCGCUGCACGGCUCGGGCCACGCGGGAGGCCCGGUGGCCGUGCAGCAGGAGGCCCCCCGAGUGCGGCCCAGGCCCGCGGCGGCGCCCCCGAAGGGCCGCAGCCGGAGCCCCGUGCUGGCGCCGAGGUGCGCCGCGGGCUCGCCGCGCGGGGCCGGGGCGGCGCGUGCGGCCAGGGCGCCGCUGCAGCGGCAGGUGCUGCGCUCGCUGGACGCAGAGUCGCAGGCGCGGUCGGAGGAGGAGGAGGAGAUCAUCGACCAUGUGGCCAGCCUGUACGUGCACCAGGCGGACCACGUCGGCAACGGCGCGCUCGCUGAGAAGCUGAAGACGGUCAUGGCCGGCGGCCGCUCCGACACGUUCUUGCACCUCGCCCGGAUGCAGUCCGAGCUCAAGAGUAACAUAGACAGCAUCAGCCAGCGGAUCAGGGAUCUCGAGGAGAUCGACGGGGCCGAGGACGACACGACGAGAGUUUCUCCCUGGAUCGAGGGGGACACGGGCGCCAUCAGCCCCAGCAGCAAGGGGGCGGAUCCGCUGAAGACCACCGAAGUCACCCUGCAGAUGCGGAACAUCCGCCGCAUCCUGCACUCGCUACACUGGCCCAACCUGCAGAACGAGCUGCGCCGAUGGGUAAAGAAGGGCGGCGAGACGGAGCAGAGCAUGCGCGAGUUCCUGAAGUCCAUCAAGGAGAUGGACCGGGACAUCAAGGCUCUCAUUGAGGGCAGGGACAGGGGGGAGGAGUUCUUGAUCAAGCGCAGGUUCGCGAUCACCGCGCAGAUGAAGCAUUUCCACACCAGGAUGACCUCCGUGGCGAACAGGAUGGCGAAGAUGCGCGGCAUCGAGAGCGACACGCUGAGGACCAAGAGGGCGCAGAUGGGCAAGAUUCUCACGAGGCAGUUCAUAGACCAGAAGAGCCACAUGCGGCAGCUGGAGCGCGCCAGGAAGAGGCACGACGACGGCGCGGCCCAGCAGGAUCGCGCCGAGGAGUCGCCCGAGGACGACGCUGACUUCAGCGAGACGACAUCUCCAGCGGCGUCUCCGCGGAGUCGGAAGCUGGGUACCAGGUUGCUCAUGCCGACCGACAUUUGGGAGGAUGCGGCCGUGACUUACCAUGAGUCGGAGGCAGGACAGGACGCGAGGCAGUCGACGAUGCAGAAGGCCGAGGACAAGGAGGAGGACGAGGUCAGCGAAUACGAGGAGGGGGCCGCCUUCGACAUCAACGCGUUCGACGACCAGCGCUACGGCCACCUGAAGAGGAUCUACUCCCGGCACGACGAGAAGAUCAAGCAGCUGAAGGGCACGAUCGAGCAGGACACGGAGGAGCUGGCGAAGCUCCAGGAGGAGAUCACGCGGAAGCUGGAGGACGAGGCCGUCUCGUCGAAGGCCCUGGGCGGCGGCGCCGCGCAGAACGCGGCCGCGACCAAGCAGAGGAUGGCCAACCUGGUCACCUCGCUGGGCCCGGACGCGCAGAAGAAGUUCAUGCUGCUGCGGGAGAGGGACGCGCUGGCCAAGUUCCUGAACGAGUCCACCUGCGAGGACCGGGACGCGCAGAUGCGCGUGGCCGAGGUGAAAGACAUGCGCAGGGGCAGGGACGGCCUGAUCUUGGAGAGCGAACUGGCCGACCUCGAGGCGGAGCAGCAGGAGCCGGACGCCGCCUUCGGGCCGUCGGCGGCGCUGGAGGAGGCAAUGGGCACCGCUUCGAGGAAGCCGUCGAAGUCGCCCGCACCGUCGAAAACGAUCACGAAGGAGGAGGCCUUCCAGGCCAGAGCGGAGGCCGCCGAGACCUCCCAGGUCGAGGCGCUGGAGAGGGACCUCAUCCAUCUCAGGGAGGAGAUCGUGGAUCGGACACAGGUGGCGAGCAAGCUGUGCGAGGAGGUCAACAAGGAGGCGGCCGAGGAGGGUCUCGGAGACGAAGUGUGGGCGUUGCGGAGCGAGCCAGCCCUGCAGGCAUUCUACCUGGUCAGCCCGAUGAAACCCGUCAUCCGUGCUCUUAUGUUCAACGCGGAAAAGAUCAUGGGCACGCUCUCUGCCAAGGGGCCAGGCGCCGCGGCGCGGCGUGAGCUGGCAACCGCGUUCGAGCACGCGCAGGAGACGUUCCAGGCGGAGGAGGACGCCCGGAGAGGCUGGCACGAGGAGGGCGUGGAGUUCAAGGGCAGCCGCUGGAAGACCGCGCUGGACAAGGCGAUCGCCACCCUGACGCUCAAGCUCGACGCGGCGUUCGCCAGGGCCCAGGAGGAGCAGUCGCGAACCCUGAGGAGCCGCGAGAAGGGGGACCGCACCGGCUCCAACACGUCCGGGACCGCCUCGCGCGGCAUCGAGGAAGCGCCGCAGGCCGCGUCGGGAGACUCCUCGAGGCCGCCGUCUUCGGGGGGGCAGGACGAUCCAGAAGACGACCUGCUGCUGCGCAUCAAGCAGGGGCAGCACAUCUUGGACCUGCACAGCAAGGUCGUCGAAGUGCAGCAGGAGAUAGACGCCGUGAAGAGGCAGAUCCUGAAGUACGAGCCCGACCUCCAGAGCUCCCGCGCGCCGUCCCAGUGCGACGGCGAGGGCGAGCGGGCGCCCGCGGCCCCCGCUGCGUCCGACUCGAGCAGCCCCCGCGAGGCCGCCGCGGAGGCGCGCGGCGCCGCGGCCGCGCCCGAGCCGGAGAGCGACGGCGACGGCGCAGGCGAUGUCAGGGCGAGGCGCGAGGCCUUCCGGCGGAGGGCGGCGCGGAGGUGCGGAGGUGCGAAGCUCGAUGCCCUAUAG